AUGCCUCCCACAAGCGAAGAUGAAGCUCUACACCAACUCCAACACGAGCAAUCCAAGCUGCUUGAUAUCAUCGACGAACUGCGCACUAUCGGCGUCGGCGGCCUUGUGGAACUCCCCCAGCUAAUUGUCUGCGGUAACCAGUCCAGCGGCAAGAGUUCUGUCCUCGAAGCGAUCUCGCGCGUCCGGUUCCCCGCGAAAAGCAACGUGUGCACGCGCUUCGCAACCGAAGUCAUCCUGCGACGGAGCGCUGUGUCGAAGAUAAAGAUCUCCAUUGAACCUGGAACUUCGUGCUUGUUCAAUAUAGAGCGGGCAAAGCAUCUUCGCAGCUUCACGAACGAGGGCUACUCUGACGGAAAUGAUCUGCCGGAUCUGAUCGAGGAAGCGAAGCGGCAUAUGGGGAUUGCGGAGGGACAAAACUCUGGAUUCAGCGAUGAUAUUCUCAAGGUCGAGAUCUCGGGACCGGAUAAGCCUGAGCUUACCCUUGUCGACUUGCCCGGGCUGUAUAUAUCCACCAGCCAGCAGCAGGGGAAAGAAGGGAUUGCGAUCACUCGCAAUCUGACGGAGAAGUAUAUGAUGAACGCUCGGAGUAUCAUUUUAGCUGUGAUCGGUGCCAAAACAGACUACCAUCACCAGCAGGUGUUGAAUAUUAGUGAGGGAUACGACUCUGAGCGUGAGAGAACACUCGGGAUUAUUACCCAGCCUGAUAUCCUUGAGGCUGGUUCGGAAGAGGAAGAUUCGUACUUGGCUUUCCUGCGAAACGAGAAGACACACCUGCAGCUGGGAUGGCACGCACUGAAAAAUCGAUCAUUCCAGACGAGAGACGUACCAGAUAGCGACCGCGACCAGCAAGAGAAGGACUUCUUUAAUAAAGGCCGGUGGUCCACAAUCUCACGAGAAUUCGUUGGAGUGGACAGUCUACGUCGUCGCCUGAGCAGCAUUCUCUUCAAGCAUAUCCAGCGCAACAUUCCGGAUCUGAUUUCCGACAUCAGAAAGAAGAUCUCUGAUCGAGAGCAAACGCUCGCAAGGCUAGGACCCUCUCGAUCAACCCUACCACAGCAAAGAGGGUUCCUACUGAACAUAAGCAGCGCCUUUGAGCGGGUCAUGACCCAAGCCUUGAGCGGCAUGUACGCUGACGAAUUCUUUGGCGGAAUGGGCGAGAUGAAGAGCUCGAAUGACAAUCGACUCCUCCGCGCCACGAUACGACGUCUGAAUGACUUCUUUUCAGAAGCGAUGGCCAUCCGGGGCAGCCGACGUAUUCUUGGUGGAUCGACUCUACCUCCGCGGUCUGUCGGAAACCCGUACAUGAUCGGCUGGAGUCCAAAGGUAAUCCAGCGCGAAAAGCUGGAGGAAGAAUCUGCCGAUCUUGCUCGCCGCAAUCGUGGCGCUGAACUUCCAGGAGUCGCCAAUCAGCUGCUGGUUGGGAGAUUGUUUCGCGAUCAGUCAAGGCCGUGGGAAGAAGUCGCUCGCAACCAUUUGAUAACGGUCUGGGACGCAGCGAGAUACUUUGUCCAUGAGCUUCUUCAGCAUUUAGCGGAUGAGCACACUUCCUCUUUGCUUGCCGGCUCUGUGAUUGAAGGAAAAUUGGAGAGGAUGAGAGAGGAUUUGCUGGCGAAGCUUGAUGAACUUACCCUGUAUAACAGGACUGGUCAUCCCCUUCCUCUAGGAACAGCUUUCCUGACGCAGAUUCAAAAAGCCCGAAGCGAUCGUUUAUUGGAAUCCUUGAAGUCAAAGCUAUCAUCCCCAGAUCAAUCGGCUACCUCGUUUUCGAUGACGGCCAUUGAACAUAGCAUUGCCGACAUGGAGAAAUCACACGACGAGUUUGCCGCUGCUGAUAUUGUGGCGAUUAUCACGUUUGUCAACAACGUGGCAACCCUCGCCAUUGAAAACUGCCUUGUUCAGCCCCUGCAGCGAAUGAUUACCAGUCAGGUCAUCAACGAUAUGGACGAUAAGCAGAUUCAGGAACUCGCCGCCGAGCCUUCCUACGUCGGUGAGGAGCGCGAGCGUCUGGGCAAAGAGCUCAAUAGGCUGCAGGCUGGUUUGCGGACCUUCAACGUCUAUCGUCCCAUGACUCUACCUUCUAGAAAUAUAAUACCGCAGAAGCCUUCUACAGCAAGCCUAAAUAACUCGAAUGCUGCAGUCCCCGUCACGGCAGCCCAAGCGGUAAACAGGAAGAGUAAACCCAUGCCCAGCACAUGGAAGACGCCAGAACAAGGGUCGAUGUUUGGCAAUGCACCCACAUUUACUACACCGAUGUUCAGUAACAGCCCCAGCCCCGGCCUGAAAGAGACAAAGAAGGCCGGACAAGCUUCAAUUGAGACCCCUGUUACUAAUGUUCCAAACCCUGAUCAGAAGGAUUCAAACCCCAGUCUCCUGACGCCUGACUCAUCGGAUCUCAGUGGUGGGAAGGCUAACAGCAAAGACAAGGCUCCAAAAGGCUUUGGUUUCUUUAGUUCUCCCGAAAGUACAAAGUGGUCCAGCUCUAAUACUGGCAGCGGCUUUGGCAGCUCUGAUAAUCAGUUUGGCCUUGCACCCGGCACUACUAGUAGCACCUUUGGUACUGGCGCGUUCGGCUCUUCAGCGAGCAAUAACAGAGGCGGCUUUGGCAGUUCUGGUACCCCGUUUGGUUUCCCAAUAAGUACUAUGACAAGCGGCUCGGGCACCGUCCCGUCCGGUUCUCCAGCGAGCAACAAUAGAAGCGACUCUGGUUCUCGGACGAGUACAGGUGGAGGCCUUAUUGGGGAAGGAUUUGGCCAUGCUACCGCUUCCAAUGGUAAGAAAAUCAGAGUGAACCUCCCCAAGGGAGCUGAUACAAGCCCUGGUGAGUCUGGAAAUCCUCUUCCCCCAAGCACAAAAGCCAUCCAUUGGUAA